AUGGCUAGGGGAUACGACGCAACUAACCCUGAGAAGAGUUUCGAUUCGGAUACAUGUUUGCUCACCGGUAUUUUGGCUCGGGUUCCAGCCCGCACAGUUUCCUCCAUUUCCAAAUGCUAUCUGAACUCCGGAUACCAAGUCUUGAGGAAAAUCGGUGGCGGUUCUUACUCACAAGUGAAGGAAGUUUCCCAAGGGCAGCAUAGGUUCGCAGUCAAAGUGAUCGACACCACGAGGGUAUCGGAUGAUUUCAAAGGCCGCUUCCUGCCUCGCGAACUCGAAAUACUCUCACGGAUCGACCACAGGCACAUCGUCAAUGUGUUGAGAAUAUUCAAGGCCUCGGAGAAAGUGUUCAUUGUGAUGGAUUUGGCGGAGGAUGGGGACUUGUUGUGUUACAUCAAGAAGAAGAAGUUCCUGUCGGACUCAAGAUCUCGGAUCUAUUUCCUUCAGAUAAUCGACGCUUUGAACUACCUCCACGGUCUAGAUGUGGCCCACAGGGAUUUAAAAUGUGAGAACAUUCUGAUGAAGUCUUCAAGACACGUCAAACUAGCGGAUUUCGGCUUCAGUCGGCCUUGCUCCAAAGACGGUCGCAGGGUUCUGAGUAGAACUUUUUGCGGGAGCACAUUCUAUGCGUCACCAGAAGUUCUCCAAGGUAAAGCGUACAAUCCCAAAUUGUAUGACGUGUGGUCUCUCGGCUGCAUUCUGUUCAUCAUGCUUUGUGGAGUCAUGCCCUUCGACGACACAGAUCCGAAACUUCAAGUGAAACAGCAAUUGUGUAGAAAUAUUGCUUACCCCAAAACACCCGUAGUGAGCCCGGAAGCAAAGGAUCUGCUCCGGUGGAUGCUCGAGCCCGAUGUCUUGAUGAGAACGAGCGUUCCGAGAAUACUUUCGCAUCCCUGGCUGUCUUCAAAAAGCGGGGGGGACAACAACUUUCUAAACAGUCUUUGA